UAUAAUUGUGCAGUACGGAAACGAAGAUAACCGCUGAAAACGAUGUGUUUGUGGCCGCGUCGUCAUAAUGCUGGUAGCUGCUGGCGUUUGAACAAUACAGAUUGGCUAUUCGAGAUGGAUGUAAUCGUAUAUAAUCAGCACGAAACUAGUAGCAUUGCGAGCAGCACUGAUAGUGCCGAGACUCAGUACGAUGAGGAGAGCGUGCCUGACCUCGAUAUCGACGGGGAUCUAUUGUCGAUCGAUGGUGACAAACAGAACAAACUGCCUUUCCGCAGGAGCCUGUUCGAUAAUGUGCCACCUUACGUCGUCUUCCAGUCGUUUGACAGCAAGACUAGCUCGGCGCUGCCGUACGAAGUGACGAGACAUCUUAAGUGGCACCUGACUACAGUAACACCGAUAUUAGUGCGUCGCACCGUUGUGAAUUCCGGUUACCGGUUAAUGAAGAAAUGUCGAUAUUGGUGCGGUAUUUGGGGCAAACACAUGAAGUCCAUCUCCUACAAGAGUUUGAAGGAAUCGCAGAAGGUCAACCAUUUUCCCGGCACUUUCCAGAUCGGCCGGAAGGAUCGGCUAUGGCGCAAUCUUAGCCGGAUGAUGAUGAAGUACGGCAAACGGGAAUUCAGCUUCGUGCCGCGCACCUACGUGCUACCUCAGGAUAUGCGUAUGUUCCGCCAGGUGUGGGAGAAAAACGGCGGCAAAGAGAAAUGGAUCAUCAAACCGCCGGCGUCCGCCCGUGGCACCGGAAUCCGUGUAGUCCAUCGCUGGUCCCAAAUACCAAAGAAACGCGCCAUCGUCGUGCAGCAGUAUCUGUCGCGGCCGAUGCUAAUACGAGGCGCCAAGUUCGAUCUGCGACUCUACGUGUUUGUCACCAGCUUUAAUCCACUUAAGGUUUAUAUAUAUCCAGACGGCCUUGUACGCUUCGCUUCCGUCAAGUACAACGACGACAUUAACUACCUCAGCGAUCGUUUCAUGCAUCUCACCAACUACAGCAUCAACAAGACUAGCGCGACUUACACCAACAACGACUCUGUGGAUUCUAGCACCGGGCACAAAUGGACCCUGAAAACCCUGUGGUCUUAUCUCGAGCAAGAAAACGUAAAUGUUGCCAAGAUAUGGAAAUCGAUAAAGGACAUAGUCAUCAAGACGAUGAUAGCUGGCGAAUCUUCUAUCAACACUCUAACGAGGUCCAAUACAUCUUCGAGGUAUUGUUGCUAUGAACUUUUUGGCAUCGAUAUUAUUCUGGACGAGAACCGAAAGCCGUGGUUACUCGAGGUGAACAUAUCACCCUCUCUACAGUCUUCCUCGCCUCUCGACAUCGCGGUCAAGGGGCCCCUCAUUAGAAACCUCUUUAAUAUGGCCGGAUACCAACUGCCCACAUGCAUACCGGCGGAGGAAGCGGAGAAACUAGCCCAAAGAUAUCAGUUAGAUCCGGUGUGCCAAGAUUACAGACUGCAUCGAGCUACCUUUACCUAUCAGGAACGUCAUAAGCAAUCCUUGUACUCGAAUCUGAGAAAUCGGGAGGACUAUCUGGAUGAAAUAAUCGAUGAUCUUACUCCCGAUGAUGUAAGACAUUUGAUUACGUAUGAGGACGAGUUAACACAGUUGGGAAAUUUUGAAAAGAUUUUUCCUACUACCACCAGUCACCAAUACUUGCAGUACUUUGAUAUUCCAAGAUACUACAAUAUGUUAUUUGAUGCGUGGGAGGCCAAGUACAGUGAUAAUCGGGAGGGUGGAAUCUCUCGAUUGCAAAAGCUGUGUAAGACUAAGUAUCAUUUAGAACAAAUCUUUUAGAUCAGUGAUGAACCCUGCGGUUCGCGGGCUGCAAGCUGCUCACCUGUGAAUUUAUUCUACCUGUGAAUGUGGUCUGCCGAAUUAUAGCCAAAAAUAUAAAAUUAUUUUUUAUUUUAUCCAAACGAAAUAAACAUGCAGCCCGCAAAAUUUUAUCCAUUUUUGAAAGUGACUCUUAACCCUUGAACACCACAAACGGACUGGGUUACGGUAACCCAGUCCGUUUGAAAAAACAACGAUUUUUGAAAAUUUCUUUCUUUUUUUUUCAAAAUAUCUUGGUUACCGGAAGUUUUAUGAUAUUCUUAUCUAUAUAUUCUUUUUCCUUACUGUCUGUUGUAUCGAUUAAAAAAAAAAAGUUGAAAUUAAUGCAUUAGAUCCCGGAAUAAAAGCAAAAGAAGACUCCAGGGUUAUCGUAACCCAUGUGUGGCGAAAAUAGUGUGGUGUUCAAGGGUUAAAGUUUAAGGUUGCGCGUCACUGUUUUAGAUAGUAAUCUUUUUCUUUUCAUACGUCAUUUUAUAACGAUGGUACCGACAUAAAAAAAGAAUAUAGAGUUGCGACAUCGUUCCCGUUAUUGACGCCUUAUCGUGUGGAAUCCUUUUUGUUUCACAUGCUAUGUGCGCUUUAUUGUAUACGGGUAAACGUACCAUUUCCAUGUCCAUUGGUUCACCAAGGACCAAAUUCAUUAUGUGCCUUUUUCCACGGUUGUGCGAAUUUACUUUAUUGUAAUGAAAUUUGACUUUAAUAAACAAUUUUUCAUUAAUUAGGCGCGGGAUU